AAUGAUGUCAUUGUAAGAAAGCAGGGAACUCUCAUUGCAUGCAUUGUGCUAUGUGCAGGGACCACUGCUGGGGGGCUGCCUUCCAACCCACACCAAGGACCCCCUGCCCCCCUCCAAUGCCCUGCUGGCAUCCCUGAACAACACCCAUUCCUUUGUAUGUUGGGAUACAUCCCACCCAAGCUGUGUCAACGAGCAUGGAAGAUUAUGAUUUUCUUUUCAAGAUCGUCCUGAUCGGAAAUGCCGGCGUAGGAAAGACCUGCCUCGUCCGACGCUUUACUCAGGGCCUCUUUCCUCCAGGGCAAGGAGCAACUAUAGGGGUAGAUUUUAUGAUAAAAACUGUGGAAAUAAAAGGAGAAAAAAUAAAGCUCCAGAUCUGGGAUACGGCAGGUCAGGAGAGAUUUCGUUCAAUUACCCAGAGCUACUACCGAAGUGCCAACGCAUUAAUCCUGACCUAUGACAUUACCUGCGAGGAAUCAUUUCGGUGCCUUCCAGAGUGGCUUCGAGAGAUAGAACAAUAUGCUAACAAUGAGGUUAUCACUGUGCUUGUGGGUAAUAAAAUUGACCUAGCGGAAAGAAGAGAAGUCUCACAGCAAAGGGCAGAAGAAUUUGCAGAGACCCAAAAUAUGUAUUAUCUGGAAACAUCUGCCAAAGAGUCCGAUAAUGUCGAAAAGCUCUUCUUGGACUUGGCAUGCCGUCUGAUCAGCGAAGCGCGGCAAAACGCGCUUGUGAACAAUGUAGACUCUUCGUUGCCCGGAGAAGGGAGAAACAUCAGUUAUUUGAACUGCUGUAAUUUCAAUUAGUAUCUGGCACAGCUGAAAAAAAACAAAGAAAAGAAUAUGAAACACUCAGAAUGGGCUGAGAUCUCUUGUCUCCUGCAGGAUGUCCCUGUCAUUUUAACCUCCUGAUCCCAGCUCCGGAUCAGAUUAAGCAUGGAGGACCGCAUGCUUUUUAUUCUGCAGGUCACCAUAGCAAGACGGCGUACAGUUGAUGGAGAAUAAUAUUUUAAUUUGCUUCUUGGCGGACAAGGGUGCGUCCACUGUGUGUGGGACAACAAAAAAAGUUACUUAGAGCUAAGCUCUGUAUGGAUAUUAUUAGAUGGUGAACACCUGUUUAGGGUGAUUUUUUUUAAAAUAAAUAGAAACACAUUUUCAAGGACAAAGAAAUAAAAAAAAAAAAAGGCUGUAUGUUUACCGAAUGUGAGAUACAAACAUAUAAUCUACAUCUCUUUCUUUCCGUUUGUUUUGAGGGUGGGGGAGGGGUUAUGUUAGAUCUUGGGAAUGUUAGUAUUUAGAUUUUUUUUCCCCCCAUUGAUUCCAACUGCACAUAACGCUUUGGCUCAGUGUAGCAUUAAUCCCUAGCAUGCCAGAAGGGUGACACGUAUCGCACAUGUGGGCAUUGCUUGCUGUUCUGGCACCUAAAUGGAUACAAUGGA